ACGUCAAGAAGCAAACAUCUGACAAAGAAAUAAAUCCAAAAAAUAUAGUAGAAUAUUUCAUCCACUGAGAAAUGAAGUCGUUUUUGGGACUAGUUAACAUUGCCUACACAAUUUUGUUGCUUGUUUUGCUGACUAAAUUCACAGCUGCAGCUAUUACGUUUGGACAGAAUGACGAUAAAGUGGAACACGAUAAGAUCCGUCGAGGUGCCAACAUGGGUCUCUAUGCCUUCCCACGUGUGGGACGCAGCGAUCCGAGUCUGGUGAACAGCUUGCACGAUGCCAGCGAUGCGGCUGCCUAUGAGAACAUCUACGGCAUGGGCGAUGUCUCCGCCGAAGAUUUCGAAGAUUACCAAAAGCGGCCUGGCUAUGUGGCUUUUCCUCGCAUGGGUCGUAGCGAAUCGGAGCUGAGAAAGUGGGCCCAUUUGCUGGCCUUGCAGCAGGCGCUGGACAAACGCACCGGACCCAGUGCCUCAUCUGGCUUGUGGUUCGGACCACGUCUGGGCAAGCGUAGCGUCAAUGCCAAGGACUAUCCCGCCGCCAUUAAGGGACAAAAGGAAAUGUACUAAACGAUAUGAAAGCCAAACGCCUCCGAAGGAAACAACAAUUCGCACUUGAACACACUAAUUUGCCAACUAUUUAUAAUUUAUGCAAUUAAUUAACACAUAAUUAAAACUCCAAGGAAUAUUAUAAUGGGUAUAUAACAAAUUAGUAAACAUAACACGAUCAAACGGGCUGGUGAGGGCUUGCACAAUUGGUAAAACUCAUUUCAAUUUUAUUUCAAAGACCUCCGAAACGCAUUCAACAUGUAAAUAGAAUAUGUGUCUAAAAAUCGAAAUUAAAAAAAUAAUAAUAAUAAAUUAAUAUAUGAA